AUGAGUGGAGCUGCCCUCGGGAUAGAGAUUGUAUUUGUAUUUUUUCUUGCCCUCUUCCUCCUCCACCGAUAUGGAGACUUCAAGAAGCAGCACAAACUCGUCUUGGUGGGCACACUACUCGCCUGGUGGCUGUGCUUUAUAAUGGUCUUUAUCAUACCUCUGGAUGUCAGUACGACAAUAUAUAACCGAUGUAUCGCCAAGAAUGCCGUCACUCCCGCCCCCAUCAAUGUGAGUCAACUUACCACCACUACAAAAGCAGCCGUGACCAACACUACCAGGUCAGAGCUGGUGAAUGCUAACCCAGUGAGCCCUGAAAGCCCACUUCAGGAGUGCUACAAGCCAUGGAGCUAUAUUCCGAAGGGAAUCAUGCCAAUCUUCUGGCGUGUGGUCUACUGGACAUCACAGUUUUCUCACUUGGAUUCUGCUGCCUUUCAUGCAGUCCUAUGCUCGGUCUGGUGGAUUUUCUAUUACAGGGAAGAUUAAAACCGCUCUGAUAGAAAAUGCUAUUUAUUAUGGUACAUACCUGUUAAUCUUUGGUGCCCUGUUAAUAUAUGUCGCUGUGAACCCUAAACUGCAUCUUGAAUGGUACCAGCUGCAGACCAUUGGGAUAGCAGCAGCCAACACAUGGGGUCUGUUCCUCUUAGUCUUACUGAUGGGGUAUGGCCUGGUAGAAAUCCCCCGAUCACACUGGAAUGGGGCAAAGAAGGGCUAUCUGCUAAUGAAGACUUAUUUCAAAGCAGCCAAACUUAUGACAGAGAAAGCUGAUGCUGAAGAGAACCUGGAGGAUGUCAUGGAGGAAGUCCGUAAAGUGAACGAAUGCAUCAAAUAUAAUCAUCCCCUGCGCAAGUGUGUUGACACUAUCCUAAGGAAGUGUCCCACUGAGUACCAAGAGAAAAUGGGAAGGAAUAUGGAUGAUUAUGAGGACUUUGAAGAAAAGAAUAUUAACUAUCCCAGUGAGAAGACACUGGUGAAACUCCACAAACAGGUUAUCUACGCAGUCCAGAGACAUCACCGGACUCAGGUUCAGUGGCGCAUGCUGUUGGAACAAGCUUUCCACUUGGAAGAUGUCGCUAAAAAUGAGACAAGUGCUACCAGACAGUUUGUGCACAGCUUCCCCCAACAGGAACCAGAAAGUUGGCUGACACGAUUCUACACUCCUUCUGUUGAAUGGUACUGGGAGUGUCUGCUGCGGCCCUGGUGUUCUCGGAUCCUGGCCAUCAUACUGGUUCUGUUCACUGCUGUGGUUGUGUGGUCAGAAUGCACGUUCUUCAGCACCCACCCUGUCCUGUCUCUCUUUGCUGUGUUUAUUCAACAGGCAGAGAGGACUUAUAACUAUAUUUACAUAGAGGUGGCCUGCUUUUUCACCAUAUUCUUCUUGAGUAUCUGCGUUUACUCCACAGUCUUCAGGAUCAGAGUGUUCAAUUAUUACUAUUUUGCAUCACAUCAUCAGACAGAUGCGUACAGCCUCCUGUUCAGCGGCAUGUUAUUCUGCCGUUUGACUCCUCCACUGUGUUUGAAUUUCCUGGGUCUGACUCAUAUGGAUGGAUCCAUUUCUCACCAGAACUCCGAGCAGACUGCCUACACUUCAAUUAUGGGAUCUUUAAAGGUUCUACCACUUAUUGCUGAUGGGUUUUAUAUCUAUUACCCCAUGCUGGUUGUCAUCCUGUGCAUUGCCACAUAUUUCAAUUUGGGGACUCGCUGCUUAAAUUUACUGGGCUUUCAGCAGUUUAUGGGAGACAACGACAUGACCUCUGAUCUAACUGAUGAGGGAAAAGAGUUGAUCAGAAGAGAAAAGCGGAAACGUCAAAGGCUUGAAGAUGGUGAAACUCGCAGGAGGGAAUGGAAGGAGCGCUAUGCCACUAACAGGGAAGAUUCCAGCCGUAACAGAAAUGUCAACUCUGAACCGAAAGAGCCCACAUACACAGAGAUGACCACCAGCCGAUCUUCAAAAUACACAAGACAGAAUAACCGAACAGAGAGGGAUCGAAUUGAACUCCUGCAGGAUGCAGAACCCCUGGAUUUUAAUGCAGACAAUUUUACAGAUGACCCACUGGACUCUGAGUCUGGAAGAUAUCAGCCAGCUGGACGCUACUUAUCAAUGUCUAAAUCAAACAGCAGAAUAUUUGAUGACGUAUAA